AUGAACACCAUCCUGAGUAUGGAGAAGCUGUGUGAAGUGUUGGAAGGAUCCAUCAGCGCGUCUAAGGAGAAGAGGACGCAAUCCGAGGAAUACCUAAAGCAGGUGUGCAAAGUGGAGGGGUACAUAAAUGUAAUCCUAAACAUCGUGAAGAGUGCCAACUUAGUGGACGACAACAUAAGGAUUUCAGCUCUCAUCUUCUUAAAAAACACCAUAAAAAAUAACUAUGAGACACUGAAGAAGGAAGAGAUCUGUGGGUUGACGAAGGACAUAUAUGAAAGUUUCCUCUACCUUGAAAUGAAGGAUAAGCAGAUUUACAUGCAGCUGUUUGAAAUAAUGAAGGUGCUAAUACACAAUAGCUUUCCAGAUCACUUUGUCAUUCUGGAUAAUAUCCUUAAUGAUGUUAACCAGAGGAAGGAUGUGAGGAGACUGUACGUGAGUCUGUACUGCUUGAAGUUAAUUUUUAAAAAAUUAAAAAUAAAAAAAAAGAAAAACAAUGAAUUGUACACAGAAAUGCUGAACAAGUAUUUUUACCCACUCAUUAAUUGCCUUUACGAUUUAAGCUCCGUUGAUAUCAACAGCAACGAAGUGUGUGAAAUACUCUGCAUCAUUUGCAAAAUAUAUCAUUAUGUGAAUGACAACUUUUUCAUUAACGAAGUGAUCAUUCUGGAGUAUAUGGACAAUUACUUUAGUCUCUUCGAUUUUAUCCUCAAAAAUGAAAUUGUCGUCUCCAACUACGUGGAGGAUGAGAGUUACUUGAAAACCUUGCCACAAUACAAGUGCAAGAGGGUCGUUUUAGACAUCGUGACUCGACUCUUCUCUAGAUAUGUGAAUACAAAUUACAACAAAUGCAAUAACGAAAUUACGGAGAAAUUCUGUCAGGCAUUUUUGAACAAAUGGCUAUGCCCCUUCUUCGAAGAUCUCAUCAUCAUCCUGCAGAAUUAUCACAAAAAUAAGAAGACGCUAACUGAUGAAUGCUUGGUCUACGUUCUGCAGGGACUAUCUUACGGAGUUGAAAAUGCCCUUAUCUACAAAAACUACAUAAAAAAUAACUUUGAAUUUUUGGUCAGGAAUGUUAUCUUCCCCCUUCUCUGCUACAACGAUGAUGAUAUAGAGAAGUUCCUUUGCGACCAGUAUGACUUUACCAUGAACAUUUUUAACACCUACAUUGUGGAGGAUAAAAGAGUCAGCGCUACGUCUUUCAUUAAAGAUUUGACUCGCUACCGGGGAUCGAAACACAUCUCGGAGUUAUUUAACCUCUGCGAGAAUGUCAUCACUACGUAUAAUCAGAAUUACCAUUUGGUGUAUAGCAAAUUUACCGCUCCGGGAAACCAGGACGAAGCCAUGCUGGAAGAAUUGCUUCGAAACGAGUUCUGCAAAUAUAAGUAUGGCGCGUUGAAAAUCUUGGAAUGCCUCUACAGCCGACUGUGCGAUAAGAAGAGGAACAUGAACAUCGAGCAGUUUCUAAAAACGUAUGUAGAAAAUGAUCUGAAUAACCCUAACCAUUUAGUUUGUUACCAGUCCAUCGUCACCUACUGUUGCUUCAUUAAAAAGGUGCAACACUUUAACGAUGUGAAUGCCCUCGUCAAGAACUACGAGUUUGUUCUAAAUCACAUAGGUAGCCCGAGCCUACUCAUCCGGGUAGCCAGUGCGUCCUACAUAAAAAAAUUCUUCAAAAUAAAAAAUGACUACCUGAAAAGUGUGAUUAUCAAGUCUAUUCCUAUUCUUAUUGAGCGUUUACUCAACGUCAUUAAAGAGGUCAAAUGUGAGUACAUCGUCAUGACGCUGGACAAUUUGGCGUACACCUACAAAGACUACAUAACACCGUAUGUUAACGACGUGGUUAUUACCCUUUGCACCAGUUUUGUUUUUCUUAUUAACAAGAAGGAUGAGGAGAGUGCGCACAACUCGCUGGAGAAUAACCUGAGGCAUAACCCACACCUGGCCAGUCAAACACAAGGGAGUACACUUAGAAACGAUAGGUACUCCCUCAUGAAUGACGAUGAAUACACCGUGACAAAGAAGGAGAAGAAAACGGAGAAUGAAGAGUUAGACCUAAACUCAGUUAUUCUGUCCAUCCUGACGGCCAUUUUGAGUCUACUCGAUUCAGUGGAUGAAGGAAACAAAGAACAGAUUUACAAAAACACAAUGUCGUACCUUUACGUUGUGGUAGACGAAACGUUUAAGUCGCCCUCCAUCGAUUAUCUUGAGGAAGCACUCUCCUUGCUGACGAACAUUACCUACUACCUAGAGAUAGACAACGACGUGUACCUCCGCUUCGAAAAGUUGUAUGACAUUUUCUACUUCAACACGGAUGACAAUUUAAAGAUGCAAGAAUUAAACUGUAUUCGAAAUAAUCCCCAACUGAUUUUAAGCACCGAUUUGAUACUCUCCGAUAAGAACACGGAUGUAUACUUUUACGACUUCAUCUUCGACCUGUCCUUCAGCAUAGGUGUCUUCGACAACAUCAUCUCAAAAGCGACGCAGCAGUUUGUCAAUCUGUACAGUGAGAGGUACGGAAUGAAGUAUAUCCACAUGGUAUACCGAUUGGGUAUAUUCGCCCUGCACUCCAAAAUAGUGAAAGAUAGCUGUAAGUUGUUCUUUAUUUUGUUCGAGGCAACGGUGAAGAUUAGGGGAGUCGACGAACUGGUCCUCCCGAUCCUCACUACGUAUUCCAUGAAGCUAUUUAAGCACGACGAGGCAUCCGCCCUGAUGAACCAGAAGAAGAAAAAAAAGGAACUCUCCAUGGAAGGCACCAAUCAGAAUGGUAAUCAGAAAGGGGAUGAGGACGAUGGAGCGGAAAGCAUAUGCAGCGAGUAUGAUGAAGACAUCCUCAGCAAAACCAGCAUUGAGUAUAUUAAGAAGCUCUUCUACUCUAUCAUCAUAUAUGAUGUGAAUCAGUUCUUCCUCUUUUUUAACAACACGAAUAGGACAAACUACAUCCUGUCCUUGCUAUCCAACCUUGACGACGUCCAAAUGAACAACACGAGGAAGCUGUAUAUUCUUGCCAUGAGCAGCAUCCUGGAUAAUAUGCACAACGCCGAUAUAAGCAUGCACAUCGGGGAGGCAAACUCAUUUAUCCUAAAUAUUGUCAAUGUGGCCAAGGUGUACUACGAGAAUAAGAAUGAGCAGAAGGAGUCAUCGGAAAAGUCCUUCGAUUCAGAGUCUUCCUCAGGAGACGAAAAUAGCGAAGUGGACAUUGACGAAAAUGAAGAUGCCACGAAUGAUAAGGCUUUCAAAUUAAUUAAAACAAUUGAAGCGUUGGAAAAAAAAAAUGACUUAAAAAUUAAGUUAAAGGAAAAUGUAAAUCUCAACAAAUUGGAUGAUCUGGCGAACCAGCAACACACAAACAACUCUGCUUCUGGACAAAACAGAAGCGAUAACAACUCGUUCAGCCACAAAGAUAUGUUGAAGCAGUUCACUACUAAUGAGCAAAUUUUACAGCAAGGAAACGCACGUAGGCAUCAUCAAGAUGAUGAAGGCGACGAUGACGACGAUGAUGAUGACGAUGAUGAUGACGACGACUGCUCAGAUUACAGCAACGAUGAAUACAGAAAGGGAUUCUUCGACGAUAUCAAUGCUUUCAAAAUUCUGUACGACACCACCUCCAGCUUUUACACGAAGUACGAAAGUGUUUACAAUGGUGAUAUUCUGGGGAAGAUUAAAUACCUCGUGGACGCUGACCUCAGCGCGCAGAUGCAGAACCCCACCAACUGA